UAUGAAUGAGUGGUGGCGCGGUAGUCUUCUCCACGAGCUGCCUGUUUUUCUCCCUUCGCGGCUCUGGAAGCCGGGGUUCGGCGGGCUGCAGCUCCCAGCAGGAGCCUUCGAUCCCGGCUCGGGCUGGCGGGAGGACGCUGGAGCCACCGUCGCCCUCCUGCGCCCUCCCUGCCUGGCCGUGCCUCCGCGACCAGGCGACUCAAUGAAAGAAGAAAAUGAAAGGCAUUAAGAAAAAUCUAACAGAAGAAUAUCUUUACCUGGACUUUUCUCAUCAAGCAGAAGGAUGCAUUCUUCCUCUUCAUACGUCUGUAACUUUAUUUUUGUUAUCAUACUGUGAUUGUAGAAUCUUUAAAGUUUGCUUGGUCCUCACCAAAGAAGGUACGGAUAGUUUACCACUAAGAGAUGUGCUGUCCCAGGACAUUGAAAUCCAGCUUGUUCCAAGGCAAGAGCUCCCACCAAUAGUCCAGAACUGCUGUUUACCUGCAGUGGUGGAAAAAACAGACAAUUUUUGUAGAGCAGGACUUGCUGUUGUACUGAGACACAUAAUCCAAAAAUCGUAUGAAACAGACCCCUCCAAGAAGGAAAUUUUGGAGCUUCUGGGCUUUAAAAAGACUUGUUUGAAAGCCUGUGCUGAAGUCAGCCAGUGGACCAGGCUGUGUGAGCAUACCAUCCCUUUGGCUAUUGAGAAUUUCCUGAGAGAGUCUUUGGAGCAGCCCACAGCCAUCCCCGCAGAAGUCCUGCAGCUGGAGAAGAAGCUGAGCGAGCCCGUGAGAGUGCACAAUGACGACAAACUCCGCAGGCAGAAGCUGAAGCAGCAGAAGGCGGCCAGCGCUGGACCUGCCCCAGCUAAGGGCCGAGUCCCUCCUCUGGAAGCCUCAGAAGAGGUGGACUGUGCAUCCCAGAAUCUGGAACUGCAAGUGGCUUUCUCAAAGCUCACAGUGCAGGAAGGGCCAGCUGCCACCAGCAGGGAGCCUUCCCACAUCCGGAAAGCCAAAGCCUCCGACCUCCCGCCGCUGGAGCAUGUGUUUGCAGAAGGGCUUUUCUUCACCUUGGCGGACAUCGUGCUCCUGCCCUGUAUCCACCACUUUCUGGUCAUUAUCUGCAAGAAAUUCUCUGAUAGGUUGACAGAGUUUCCACUGCUAGCCUCUUGGUACCAGAGGAUUCAGGAAGUGCCAAGAGUAAAGACAGCAGCUUCCAAAUGUGGGAUCCAGUUUCUCCAGUUACCAGAGCUGUUGACCACUUCAAAGGAACGCUAUCCACAAUUAAGUGAAGCCACAACUGGAGAGGAACAGAAUGAUUCUUUAUUUAUCGGAGGACCAAGGCCAACUAUGACCAAGUUAAUGGAAAAAGGCAUUGAAGUGACACUUUCUCCCCAUCCCUGCCCUAUGUGGACCCUGGACUGGAACAGUCUUCCUGCUGCAGUGAGCCCUAAGGAAGGCCGGAUGUCCAGUGACCGAGCUCUGAGGAAGCAGCAGCAGCUCAACAACCUCGCUUAUGUGGUGAUGAGUCAGGCCAAACCCGGUGACAGGAUUGUGGACUUCUGCAGUGGCGGGGGCCAUGUUGGAAUUGUUCUUGCUCACAUGCUGCCCUCCUGCCAGGUUAUAUUAAUAGAAAACAAAGAAUUGUCAUUAAUCCGUGCUAAGAAGAGAAGUGAUGAACUAGGUUUAAGCAACAUUUGGUUCAUUCAAGCAAAUAUGGAGUAUUUUGCAGGAAUGUUUAAUAUUGGGGUGGCCUUGCAUGCCUGUGGUGUGGCAACAGACAUGGUGAUUGAACACUGCAUCAAAACCCGGGCUUCCUUUGUCACCUGCCCCUGUUGUUACGGUUUCAUUCAGAACACCUCGAAGUUUAAUUUUCCAAAAAGUGAGCAAUUCAAGAAAACUUUAUCAUACAAGGAACACAUGAUUCUUUGCAGGUUUGCAGAUCAGACAGCAGUCCAGCUCCCACCCCAGCGGAGGCUUGUAGGAAAGCAGUGCAUGUGCCUGGUAGAUUUGGAUCGAGCGAGAGCUGCCGAAGAGCACGGCUACUCUGUCCGAGUGAUAUCCAUGGAGCCCGAGAGCUGCUCUCCCAAAAAUAACAUGAUCGUGGGAGUGCCCGUGUAGGGUGCCAUGCGGAAGGCAGGUGCCUCGCCCUUGGCCUCCGGGAAAGCCCAGAGGCUGCAGGAGGUUCGUGGCCUAACCAAGGAGCAACACUAGCCAUCACGAGCUUGCUGCGCUCUGGAGGGGAGCCCCAGGAAAUCCUGAAGAAUGGCCACCCGCGGCUUGUUGUCCCUGUCCUCAUGCGGUGAUUGGAGCUGCUCCUUUUCAUACUAAGAACACCCGAAAUCCCAGCUGCCAAAAAGUGCCAAUGGAGGGCCCAGGACUGGAACAGCAACUUCCUUCUCAGCUCAUAAGCUUUUCCUGAUCUUGCCAACAUGAUAUUCAAUUCCAAAUAAUACACCUGCAGCCUUUAUUUUAUAAUCGCUGAGCUAGUCACACAUCAAGACUGAAACUGAACUCAGUGGGAGGUUUGUGUAUAUUUUUAAUAAUUGUACUUUUUUAAUUACUUUUUUUAAGUCCAGAAAAGUACAGCUUGGUUAUUUUCUUGCUGGGGUUAGUUGAACUUUUGUAUAUCAUUUAGUACACUCCGUUGAAGUUAGAUUACCAAAUAAGAUCACUUGUGGUUCAAACACUUUAUGUAGAGAUUAUAAUUUCAGUAAUUUUCACACUAUUGGGAAUGUGGAAUUUGGACAUGAAUUGUCACCAAGUACUAACUACGAUGAUUACUUAAUUUAAAUUUAUAAAAGAUAACUUGGGAUCCCAAUAUUUUUAAGACCCAAGCCUAUAUUUUUUUGAGGAUCCAAACCUUAUUUGAAUAAUUCUACCUACAUCCUCCUUUUUUACCACCAGCAUUGUUAGAGGUAACAUGCCUCUCUCACACUGUGUUAACUUUAUGUGUCCUGAAUCCUUCCAGUCAGGGUUCUACUGGUUUUGAUACUUCCACUUCCUGUAUGACCCAAGUCAUAGGACGAGCGUUUGUUCAUUGUCAAGGGUUAAAAUGCAAGAAUGACUUACAGGGCAGUAUGGAUGGGGUGGGGAGGGUCUUUGCAAUCUUAUCUCUUCUAACAUUUAAGAAAACUAGCCAUUAGCCCUGAGAAACAUAGCCAUUUGUGCUCAUAGAUACAACAUAUUUUUUAUCCUGGACCUUUUUUUUUUUUUUUAAAGAAAUGAGAUAUAAUUUAUGUACAACACAUUUUUAAGCCUUUCCUCUGAAAGCCUUUGGCGCUGUAUGCACCCACACGAUGACCACCAAAAUAAGAUACGUAGUGUUUAUAUUAUAUAUUGUACAAUACAUGCCCUGAAAAUAUUUUCCCAGCCUAUGACUUAUACUUAUUUUUACAAAGAAUGUUCUGAUUUUGAUGAAAUUUAUCUUUGUUCUUUUAUGAUACCUAUUUUCUGUGUGCUUUC